GAUAACUGAUAACAGUGACAACUGACAAGUCUCAAAUUUCUCAACAAUUUAUUAUUCAAAAGUCAUAACUACUAACUAGUAACUAGUCUAAAAAUAGUAAAAAUUACAUUUUUUUUACAACUGGUAGGAAAGUAUCUAGGAUAUAAAAAAAUAACUUGUCUACCAAUUUUAAAACAGGUUCCUUUUCGAUUACUGUUAGAAUUGUUCUAAACUUUGAUCAAAAUGUCUGACGAAAAUAAAAUGUUAAGAGAGAAUCUAGAAGCUCAAUUGGAUCGCUUAGUCCAAGAACUUAGCGAUAUAGAUGAAUGCAGAAGUGACAUGACUGACGAUGAAUAUAACGAGUCAAAAGAAGAUAUUGUCGAACAGCUAAAAGAAUUUAAUGAUAGAUUAAAUAAAAUUACUGCUGGUAACAUGACUCUACAUGACAAUUUCAGCAUUAUGCGUUUAGCAACUAGUGCAGCCAUAACAGAAGCAUUUCAAACACCUUCUAUCAUUAAGAUGUUUGCCAAGAAUGAACCAAAUGCACUCAAAGACAAACGCAAUCAAAUUGAAAGGAAUAUAAAGCUUGGUAAAUUAAGCUUGGAGGUUGGAAAUCGACAAAAGCUUGAAGUAUUAACUGCAUUGAGACAUCUUGGUUGUGAACUAACAGAUAAUGAUAAAGUAUUUAUCCGAGAAGAAACAAGCAAACUUCAAAGUAAUGUGCCAUCAAAUGGUUUUAAUAUACCCGACUCUUAUGAAUUUGAUUUCAAUAUGUUUUUGAAACUGGAUGAUACUACAACUUAAACAGUGCUUAUUUCAUUUUAAUAUUUAAAUACUACUAACCAGUGUGAUAAUGAAUAAUAACAUUUUAUGU